UGCACCGCCAUGGUCACACAAGACUUCACAGAACAAUUUGUUUACAAUUCAAAACCGGAACAAUCAGAUAAAACCUUUAUAAACAGAGUGCAUCUGAUCUGACAGCCGUUCAACCGCUUCCGCCGCCGACUCCGGCUCGGACAUUUGCCUGCCAGUUAAUCCCUUCUUUGUCUUGGCGAGAUGUCCGUGAGAACUCUGCCCCUGGUUUUCAUUAAUCUGGGCGGAGAGAUGCUUUACAUACUGGAUCAACGCCUGCAGGCUCUCAACACAUCCGAGGACAAUUCAGAGAAAGGAGUCUGGUCAGAAAAUGACAGAAAAAGAGUCCUGAGUGACAUCGUCGGGGCCAUGUUCAGUAAAGACUUCAUGGAUGAACUUCUCAAGCCGCAGCAGCUGUAUUCUCACAGGACUCUGAAAACAGUGCUAUCUCGGUUAGCGCACGCCUCCAUCAUGAGGCUGAGCCUGGCCAGCAUGGACAGGCUUUACGAGCUGAUGGUCAUGGCGUUCAAAUACCAGGUUUUCCUUUGUCCACGGCCUAAAGACCUGCUGCUCAUCACUUACAAUCACAUGGACGCCAUCAGGGAACGUGUGGGACACACUCCCGUGGUGGUGAACCAAGUGGACGAGACACAUAGGAAGAUCAUCGAGAUGUACUCGUCUUUGUCGGAGGGGGAAUUCCAGCUGCUCAGACAAACGCUGCUCAUAUUCUUUCAAGACAUGCACGUCCGCGUGUCACUGUUUCUCAAAAUCAAAGUCCAGAAUCCCAACGGACGUUUUGCCCUGUCGCCAUCUGGCCCGGUGCCUCAUGGGAUGGAUGUUCCCGGGCUGAUUAGGAUGUUUGACAGAAAGGGACGAGAAGUGAUGCGCGGCGAGUUCCCCUCCGGAGGAAGUUACACCAGCCCCGUCAGAGAGGGAUGCUUUGAGCUGCACGGAGACCGAGUCAUCGCGCUGGGCACGAACAUGUACAACGAGAACCAUCCAGAGGAGACGCACACAUCCAAGACUCCUUCCGUCAAGAAGGACGACGCUCCCAACCUGCUGGCCAAAGAGGAGCUGAACCUGCUGGCUCGCCUGAUGGGGAGCAUGAAGGCCGACAGCAUGCCCGACACUGAAACCGGCUUUCGGAUCAACCUGUUUACUUCGGACCAAGAGGAGGAGGAUGCGGGAGCUUCAGGUGGAGCUGAGCAGUUCUUGUUCGGAGUUAUAAAUAUUCAAGCAGUGCAGGAUGAACAGGCAGCGACUCAGCUGGCACGCAUUGCCGGACAGUUUGCCGAAGGGGGCGAGACGCCCGAAGAGCUCGGCGGCAGCAAGGGCGACGACCUGCUGGCCAUGAUGGACGACCUCUGACCCCGUCGUGUCUAUUAAUUAUCGUUUCAACUUUACUGCAUAGCUCUUUACCUCUGGCCAGAUCACUUUAAUGGUCACUGUGAGCUUUGAUUUUAACCUGUAAAAUAUAUAAUUGGUGCUUUCUGUGCUCCACCAUGUGGUUUAACACUGAGGAAGAUUAGAGAGUAACAAAAAUACCCAAUGACUCAGACGGUGGCGCUUGAACACAUACUUUAUUUUAAAUUAGCACUUAAAGUGCUACAUCAAUGCCGUGACUAUUGUAAGACGGACCUGCUAUAUUUUAGAUGCAUUUUCUGGAUAAUAAUAUGUGGUCAAUAAAUAAAUAAAUAUU